AUGAAGUUGAAACUUAUAAUCAAUGGGUAUGAAUCUCCCGAGGACUACAAACUGCUAAGGACAACCAUCUCCACUGUGAAUGCCCUGAGGAAGACUGCCAUUCUAAGGUUUACCGAUGAGCGAUUGACAAUUAUAUCGACUCCAAAAUCACCGUUUAACAGUGGUGAGAGUACCGUAUUGCAUGGGGAUAAUGGGCAGUUGUGGUGCACGAUACCAAGGGACGUUUUCAGCCUGUACAACGUGAUGUCGAUCAGAGAGAUGAACACAAUAACCAUGGAAUUCAACUGUGCGUCCCUGUGGAGUGUCUUCCAGCGGUACGAAAGGGCAAUGAACCAGGGGUCGAGCUCGAGUAUGGUGUGGAAGCUACAAAAUGUGCCGGAGUGGAAAGUGAACGAGUUCAGCGGCAGUACCGAUGAGGAGUACGUUGCCAAUAGAAGACGCGCAAAUAUCAUAUACGGGCUGACCAUUACAUUUGAAGAGAUGGUACAAACGCUUGAGAACGGUUCCGCAUCUGCGACCACGGGCGGCCCUGACGAAGACGGGAACAUAAAUGCGACGACAACAACCACUGUGAGAGGGAACAACAACAUUAUAGUGCAUUCGUUCAAGAUACCCGUUAGGGUUCUGUACAAAGUGCAGGAUCUGCGAAUGAAGGAACCAAUGAUGCCCGUGGAGCCCCUUAUUCUGAAACUCCCCUCGAUAAGCAGUGAGUUCGGCACCCCGUUCCACCAUUUCAUGAAGAGGGUGCAUCGGUAUUCCAACGUUUACAAUAUACGGCUGAAAGCUCUACAUCGACUACGAGACAGUAACGAUCCUGCAGCUCCGAACAACGUCCAAUUGAACAUUGCAGUCAACGAGCUGGAAUGGAGCCUGAACAUUGGUUGGAACGGUCCCCUGGACGUAUCAUUCGAUCCCAAUGAACGGGACCGCGAGGAGAGCAAAAACCGCCCCUCGGCGUCCUCCCCCAACGAGGUGAUGGUCCCAUCAACGCUGCAGAGUACCGAGGGGACCAAUCUAAACAUUGUCACACCGUACACUGGUGACGCCACAACAGCGGAGGAGGCAGAUAUGUUGCGGGUGGAGGACAGCGAGAUGUCUAUCGCGUAUAGGCCACACGCACUCGCCCACGAAAAUGUCCCCGAAAGCGCACGCGGGACACCAGCGGGCCCAACCAGAACCGCAUUGGAGGAAAUCUCCGCGUACGUCGAGCAAGCGGAAAGAGAGAGCGUGUCCCAAUCGGAGAUUAUCCUCAAAAGUAAAGACUGGAAAGUUUGUACAAGACUUUACACUGCGUUCGACGAUGUGCUGCUGGCCAUCGUGCACAACCAGUGCUGCCUGUUUCACUGCUCCCUCGAACGGGGUGAGCCGGAGGACUCACAGCUGGACGCCUCGGAGACCAGAGAGAAAGGACAGAUCAUAUAUUACAUGAUACGCUCGAAGCCGCUGUAG